AUGGCUGUCGUUUCGGUGGAAGUAAAAGCUUGGUGCAUUCAAGAACUGUUAAAAAUAACAGAGAAGGAAGACGAAGUGUCAGAAAAUAUAUUGUCCAUGAGUACUGCUAGUGAGUUAACUUCUUAUAUGAAAAAAGUUCUUGAUCCCCAAAAUAGCAGACAUCAGAAAAUUUUAGAGGAAUUUUUCAAGUUAACGGAAACCUGUGACUUGAACACUAUGUCAUAUUCUCAAAAGUGUUCAGGCAUAUUUGAUGGUAAAACGGAUCCGCCUCCAAAGAAAAUCGAAAGUAAAGGAAGAAACAUCCCAGUCAAGGAAGCCAAGAAGAAAUUUGUACCCCUGUAUGGCGCAGAAGGACAAGCGAGAAGCUCCGUGCUCUUGCCGGGAAGACACGCAUGUGAAUGUCUGGGCCAAAAACAUGGUCUAGUGAACAAUUGCACAGAUUGUGGGCGUAUUGUUUGCACGCAGGAGGGCUCUGGACCUUGUUACUUUUGUGGAGCUUUAGUUUGCACUAGAGAGGAACAAGAGAUCUUGGAUAGAAAUUCUAAAAAGAGCAAAAAACUUUUGGAGAAGCUGAUGACACAGGAUAUAGCAGACAUGAAUAGUAAAGAAGAUUCAGUGAUAGACAAAGGCCUACAAGAAGCCAUUGCUCACAAAAACAAGCUUAUUGAAUAUGACAAAAGUGGGGUGCGUCGUACUAAAGUAAUUGAUGAUGAAUGCGACUACUUUGCAAGCAACAGUAGAUGGCUAUCUAAACAGGAGAGAGAUGCCUUAAGGAAGAAAGAAGAAGAGUUACGAGAGAAACGGUAUGGCUCUCGCAGGCAGCAGAAAAUAACCCUCGACUUUGCAGGUCGCAGAGUCAUUGACGAGAAUGAGCCUGAUUAUAGUUUUGAUUCUGAUAUGGCUGUUCUAGCCUCUGGCUAUUACAGUACCGAUGAAAAUCAAGAACCACAAAGAGUUUCUAAUCCUACUGUUCCAAAUGUAAACUCCUUAAAAUUUGUUUCUUCAGGAAACAGAGAAAGUAAACCAUUAAGUUAUGGAGGUCCAGCUGUGAAGGGGAAAAAAGAGAUACUGCGUAUCCAGGACAAAGAAUUUCAAGAGAUGACUGAUAGUGGAGCUUGUUUAAGCAUGCAUCAGCCAUGGGCCUCACUGCUUGUGAUGGGAAUUAAGAAGGUUGAAGGCCGUGUCUGGUAUACACCUCACCGUGGACGUCUUUGGAUUGCCGCUACAGCUAAGCCUCCCUCUGAACAAGACAUUGCCGGUGUCGAGGGGAUGUAUAAGGCUCUUUAUGGCCCUGAAAGUGUGACUUUUCCCAAGCACUACCCUACUUCAUGUCUUUUAGGAUGUGUUGAUGUUGUGGACUGUCUUGCCCAGGAAGAUUACAAAGAGGAGUUUCCAGAGGGCGAGUCUGAAUCUCCUUAUGUCUUUGUCUGCGAGAACCCUCAACAGCUUACAGUUAAGUUUCCAGUGAAGGGACAGCACAAAAUCUGGAAACUUGAUCCUGCAAUUCACAAAGCUGCUAAAGGAGGGCUUAGAAAAGCUGCAUGA